AUGGCGAGCUGGGUUGCUCUGAACGUGGAGCCCGACGACGCCGUCGAGGAGGAGGUUGACGAUACCAAGGAGCUGCAGAUCGAAGAGGCUCUGAAGCUAUAUCAAAGUGCUCUUAAACUUCAUGCACAAGGCCCUGACUUUUACCCCCAAGCUGCGGAAGCCUAUGAAGCUCUUCUCGGCUCGGAGAUCUUUAAAUACCCUGAAUCCAUCUCGGACUUCAAACAGGCAACGCAGCCAGAUGCGCAUAGCGCUGGACCUGUCGACGAACCCCCCAGCGAAUCGAUCGCAUUUAACGUCAACGAUUCCACAUCCAGUCUUUUCCAGACGCUUUAUCUAUCGUACAAGAACCAUGGCAAAUACCUCCUCGACUCCCUCGAAAGCACUUUACGGAAUGCGGGCCAGGACAAUCCACAGGAUACAGCACAAAAGACAGCCAAGGCAACCAAGGAAGCUUUAGGAUCAUUUGCGGAUGCCCUUGAGCGGGAUGAUACGGAUCUCAAUCUGUGGAGACAAGGCGCACGGCUCAGCAGUGCAUUGAAAAGCUACCGCCUGAAUCGCUUCUGCUUGGAGAGUGUGCUGGCAGAUGACGAUAAUCGUCUCGAGAUACGAUCAGAACAACUUGGUAUCGAGGAAAUCUUUUCAGAGGAGCGCCUAAGAAACACCCUCACGUCGCUUUUCGAUGGACUUUCUGCAUUCCAAAUCCCCGUCAAGAAACCUAAGAAGGCUCUCGUGAAAUAUCUCAAGCAACACGAAGACUCAUAUCCCUACCUACCCAAUCUCCCAGCUGACCUGGAAUCGCUUGAUCCGACCAAGGGCCCCCUUGCUCUCUCUGCCUCUCGACAGGAGAUAACUCCGUCCAAUUCGACAUGGGAGGCAGUUGGAAAAGCUAUUCGUCAAGCACUUGAUGAUGAGGAUGAAGCCUCGCUGGCUGCCGCUCCAAUUCAGUCUAUUCAUAUAACCUUACCGCGGAGUGGAUCGGAAGCGGCCGAAUCCAUAGAAAUGGAUGACGCAGAAAAAGCACCUGAACUUGAUAGUGGCGAACCUGAAGUCAAGGUUGAAGAUGUGGACAUGAUGCAAGAAAAUCAGCCAGCCACGGAGCCCGACAAACUCGCCGAGGAGAGCACUGAACAGCCACCAGAGGCGCCCGAAGAGCAAUCCUUUAUUGAUCAGAGCGCGGAGAAGCAGCUCAGGGAGUCAUUGGAGGGGCUCUCCUCCGUGCAGCCUCCCGAAACUCAAGCUGUUGAAGACGAUGGCGAUGCCGAAGAAAAUGAACCCAAGUCUCCGUCCGGAACUCGUAAAAGAUCAUCGGUAUCAGCUGCAAAUGACGAGCAUCUAGAGGGAGGCAGAAUGAAAAGUCGGCGAACGCGAGCGCGUGAGUCAAACGCGGAUGCACUGGUCGUUCCGGAAGAGAUUGCUUUUGAUCAAGAAAAAUACUACGAAAGUCGUUUGGAGAUCUUCGUCAAUGCAGAUGACUGGAUGUUCAACACGGUCAGCCCUCUAUAUUCCAAAGUUGGCAUCGAAGCACUGGGAAGCGUUCAAGAUCUAAGAGACAAGACAGCAGCUGCGAUCGAUAGCGAUGAAACCCCUCAGGAGCCCGAAUCUAGACUACUCCAUGACCUACGUGGAAUCCUCAAGGGCUGGAAUGAUGCCAAGUCACGUUUGAUGCAGCAAAAAGACGACCUCUCAUCUUUGAAGGAUAUUCGGGGCACCAGCAAAUCUGGCCUGGCUGUUUUCCUUGAGCAUUCAAGAAUAUCGACUCGCAAGCAGCUACUUCACGACGAAUUGUCGUCUGGAGAGCAAUUGAAUGCCUUUUCAGACUCAGUCAAUAACGAGUGGUUACAUCCGCACGAGACUUCGUUUGAAUGGCUUAAGCGCCUACUUAUGCCGGAAUUUGGAGAACUUGCCUCGGAGUGGCCGGUCAUGAAGUCGACGUACGAGUGUUUCAUAUGGCCCAGUGGACUCAAGGAAACUAUCUUGGAUCUCUUGAUUCGAGAGGACGAAUUUAUCUAUUCCCGGCUGGACGAGCUUGUUGCAGAUCUUGAACGUCGCGUUCUGGAGUCGAAUGAUGAAGCACCUUUCCAUUACAAUACCAGCGAUUUCUUCGAGCUGGAAAUGAUCCAGUCCAUAUAUGAGCUUCACCUGGACAUAUUCGCCUCCGUUGAAAAUCUAAGCAGCGAUAUUAGCCAAGAGAAAAGAAUAGCACAAUGUGAUCGCUUGGCCAGAUGGGGAAUGCUCGCCAAGUCUUCUCUGGAUCAUUUCAUUGAUCACUGCCCGUCCGAUGAAUGCCGACAAAACAUUGCUCUUCGCCAUCUAUGGACAUCAACGUUCCAUGUCAACCUUGCUGGCGAGUCUCAGCGCGAGCACAUUUUGCUUUGUCUUCAAGACCUAAAGCUCAUUUUGCAAUCGAUCGGCGACCCAAUAAUUAACCUGGUGAACAAUUCCGCCAUGUUGGAAAUUUCUGCAGCUACCAUCGAUCAAGAAGUGCUGAAGCUCAAAUGCAUGGAUUUCUUUGCCAAGGUUUUUAAUCCUGAAUCCGAAGAUCCAGUAUCGUUGAUUGAAGCGAUUGAGCCUAUCCUUGAACCCUCGUGCAUUGAAUAUGCGGAAGGGUCAUCGGAGCAAAAUGACCUGAAUGCCCCAUCCUCACAUCUUAGCGAGAUGGCUUCCUUCCUUGACCGAGGAGACGCCACCCUACGCUUGUUCCUUUGGCGGAGACUACAAGAAGCAUACCAAGCCAUCGACUAUCCUCCCAAGGUUGUGUCUUGCUAUCUACGAAGUAUCGAAACCAUAAUGACAGAACUUGAAGACGCAAAGCAUAUGGAGGAAAGUGACGGACAGCGGCAGCUUUCCUUACUGGGUUGGCUUAAGUCACUCGAUGGAAUCUUGGCAAAGGCUAUUCCCCUCAUUCUACAACAGGCAGAACAGGCCUAUGAGUGCGUGGACAUGGAACAUCUGCAAGCUUCUAUGUCGGCAUUAGCUCGACUGGUGAGGCUGCUCCAUAGCUUCAUCUUGUAUGAAGACUCAGUGCGGGUAGGCCAAAUCUCCGGGCGUGAGUUCCGUGGAACUCUGGCCAAGUCGUUGGAGAAUUUCAAGGAAAGAAUGCGGGAAUUAUACGUCCGCUGCUGGAUUCUUCAGUACACCCUUUUUGUCGAAGCGAUAUCUCAGAACAAGGAUCUCUUCGAUGAACCGUUAGAAGAUCGCAUUCAGCUCCUUCGAUGUGUGCACAAUGCGCUUGGCAUUCGUUCCAUGUGCAGGUACUCGCAGAAGCGUUUCUUAAAGCUCAUGAAAUCCGAGCUGUUAGAUCUGGAAACCCAAGGAGACUAUGAAUUCGACGUCUGCCAAGUACUUUUCGAUCUCCAUGGUAUCAAGUUCUCGCCAUUUGAUGGGACUGCGGAUCAUGGUUGUUCUCCUGAGAAACUGGAUCGCCCCACAGCCAUUAUGAUGAUCGAUUUUGUGAUGAGGCAGGCACAGAAGAUGAAUAUGAAGGACCUGUCAAAGUCCGAAUUGAAGACAACUAUUGAGAAGAUGCAGCAAGCGAUUGGCCCCGCAAAGCUUCCAUCACAAUCACCGCAGAUGAGCUUCAAUCGUCGUGUGUUUAAUGCAUACAUCAAGGCUCCGGUUAACCCCUCAAAUCUCCUUCGCGCCGUUCAGGGAGUAACAGACCUUUCCAUGAUGACAGUGCCUGGAGAAAACGCAAAGAUUGCGGCGAAGGGCUGGUAUUUCCUCCUCGGUCAUGCUACGCUCACCAAAUUCAAGUCUCAAAAACGGCUUGGUCCAGGAUCAACCUCGGAACUUGAUGAUGCCGUCAAUUUCUUCCGACAGGAUCUUGACCAUGGAACUGGAAGAUGGGAAACUUGGUAUCGGCUCGCGCAGGCAUAUGAUGCCAAGUUGGAAGAGGACAUUACCUGGGCUGCAGACAAGAUCAACAACAAUCGCAGUGACUUGGCAACCAUUCAGCGAUAUGCAAUUCAUUGUUAUGCAAUGGCGGUUUCCACGGCCAUCAGAACUGCCGAGCCAACGACAGAAAGUCGGUCGCUUUUAUCGGAUCUGUACACCGACUUCGGCAUUCGCAUGUACUCGUCUUCUCGGGAACCACUUUCAAUGGGUGCGUUUGGCCUCGUCGAUUUCUCGCGGCACUUCAGCAACGCCGAGAGCCAGCAGAUGUACAAAAGCCAACCAUUCAAAGAGAUGUCUCUAUACUCGGUCUGGAACUUUUCCAGCAAUCUCCUCCGCAGGGCGGUCUCCGACAAACCUAACCGCUGGAUAACGCAGUACUUCCUUAGCAAAUGUCUAUGGAAGAUGUACAAUUCCGACGACUCGAAACGGACGACUUCAAAGCGCGUCGAAAUGCAAGAUGUGAUUGACGCUCUUCUUGAUUCGAUCGCAGCCCUUCCCCAACGAAAAGACUCCCGCUCUGACCCGAUCUUCGAGCCUCAUUUCAAGCUUUUGUCUGUGAUUCACAAACUAGUCGUAAGCGGAAAGAUGACUCCCCUUGAGGGAGCCAACGUCCUUUUGGCGACUCCGUGGGCUCGCAAGGUGGAUGCUCCUGAUAGUAUCCAAGGAUGGAAAACGUAUAUCCUUGAGGUCAUCAAGAAGUUCAAGAGCGGUGACAAGUCAAAUUGGCAUCAUCGGAUGAGCGCUAAGGCCGCACAUGUCAUUUAUGAUGAUCAGAAGGAUGCGCCAGCCGCUGUCGCCGCGAAACAAGAGCUGUCUCAGAUCUUUACCAAGACUCUCACCAUCCAAGUCUGGCGUCCUGAAUACGAACGCCCCGGGAGGCACUUUGUCUACACAAGUCGCUAUGUGUAUUUCUUCGUCGGUCUCCUCGACGAACUCGACGAUCGUACAAGUCUGGAUCAAUUGCUUCGACGCGUGAGAAAGAAACAAGGCGAUUUCAUCAACCACACCAAGUUGUGGGAGGAUAUUUGUUUAACUUACGCCAAGAUGAUUCGCAGAGCCGCGCACAUCAAAGAGGGACACGAGGAAGGUGUCUUCAAGCCUAUUGGCUGGGAAGAAUUUUCCACCAAGACAGCUCGACUCGAGAGCCUGACUCAACUGGUGGCAGAAAGUCAGCCCCUGCUCGAGCUGAUUCGUGAUUCUCUGGAGCUGAAGAAGCUCAACAACAACUUGAUGAAAGUUACAAUGUUUGAAGAUCUCGUUGCGGAUCUGUAUGCACGGAUUUACGAACUCAAUAUGCCUCAACUCACCGAGCAGGUCAACGAUGAAAAUAAAGAAAAGAUGAAGGUCGAUCAUCUCCUCAUGGGAGGUGAUGCCACCACUGAGGCCUCGACCCCGGCAAGCUCUGCCCCAGCUGCGGAUACUCCGGCUCCCCGCGGGCGUACUAAGGGUAUUGCCCGUCGAGACAUCCAGAAACGAGCUGAUACAAUUGUCAAUCUCAAGCUGGGACCUCGUACCACGGCCAAAUUCGCCACUGCAACAGAGCCUGACCAGCCCACACCACGAAGACCUAGCACGACCGCUACAUCAGGACCCACUUCUGCUCCUCAAGAGCCAGGGACACAAGCAUCAGCCACAGAGAACAAUGAUGCUACACGGCAAAGCGACCCCAACGACGCACAAGACAGUGAUGAUGAAGGUGAGGAUGGGUCCAAGCCGAAGGAUUCUUCAGAAGGAAAGCCAAUGUUCCCAAACUUACACAAGAACGUCUCAGAAACUGGCGACGCCGAGGAUGACGGUGCUGGUAGCGGUGACGAAGGUGGUGAUGAGGCCGAAGGAGAAGAGGGAGACGAAGAAGGAGACGAAGACGAAGACGGCAAUGACAAUGGCGAAGGCGAAGGCGCCAACGAGGUUGAGACUGGUGGCGAGGAAGCACAAGAAGACGAUGAUGGCGGUGACGAUGAAAUGCAAGACGACGAUGGUGAGAACAAUGAUGAUACAGAACAUCCGGGUCCUGCCGAUGAGCCUGGGGCGCCUAAACACGAGUAUUCUAAGAAGCCGGACGCCAUGGAUGUUACGCCUGCAUGA